CGCCCGAGCGCCUGCUAGGCCGCGGCGCCGCCGUCCGGCUUUUGGGCCGGGGCUGCGGCGCCGCCCGCCGCUGCCGAGCUCUAGGCCUCGGGCGCCGGCGCUUCCCGCGGGGCCGGUGGUGGUGUGGCGCGGCGGGCGGGGCAGGCGGCAGGAUGGGCGGCCCGGGCGCAGCGGGGUCCUGCGCUACGGCAGCGGCGGGCGGGCGGACCGGUGUCUCCUUCAGUUCGCCCUCCACUGCCCAAGGCUGCAGCAGCGCGGUCUGCCGCACGACUUCACCCGCCCGUGAGCAGCUCGAGUCCCCCUGCGCCGGCGACCCGCCACAAUCAGCUCCAAUGGCGAUUCCUCCAGCAUAUGUAGACCUUGGCAAACCUGCCAGAGAUAUCUUCAAUAAAGGAUAUGGCUUUGGGUUGGUGAAACUGGAUGUGAAAACAAAAUCUGCGAGUGGAGUGGAAUUCACAACAUCUGGUUCAUCGAACACAGACACUGGAAAAGUGAAUGGAAGCUUGGAGACCAAAUACAAGUGGGCUGAGUAUGGUCUGACUUUUACAGAAAAAUGGAACACAGAUAACACUCUGGGAACAGAAAUUGCAAUUGAAGAUCAGCUUGCCAAAGGCUUGAAGGUGACAUUUGAUACAACUUUCUCACCAAACACAGGAAAGAAAAGUGGUAAAAUUAAGUCAUCUUAUAAGCGUGAAUGCAUAAACCUAGGCUGUGAUGUUGACUUUGAUUUUGCCGGGCCUGCAGUCCAUGGUUCAGCUGUCUUUGGUUAUGAGGGCUGGCUUGCUGGUUAUCAGAUGACUUUUGAUACUGCCAAGUCAAAAUUGACAAGAAAUAAUUUCUCUGUGGGUUACAAGACUGGAGACUUCCAACUGCACACUAAUGUCAAUGAUGGUUCCGAAUUUGGUGGGUCAAUUUACCAAAAAGUGAGUGAGUCUCUUGAAACUGCUAUAAACCUGGCUUGGACAGCAGGUAGCAACAGCACUCGCUUUGGCUUUGCAGCUAAAUACAAGUUGGAUCCCACUGCUUCUCUUUCAGCAAAGGUGAACAAUUCUAGUCUAAUUGGAGUUGGUUAUACCCAGACCCUGAGGCCAGGUGUGAAGCUUACACUGUCCGCCCUGAUAGAUGGAAAGAACAUCAAUGCUGGUGGCCAUAAACUUGGUCUUGGCCUGGAACUGGAGGCUUAAAAAGGUGAAGAAACUGCUGCAGAGAAGGGAUAUCAGAAGAAUUUGGCCUUAAAAUGUAUUUCCAAUGUGACCAGCAGGCUUUUUUCCAGGAAGAAUGACCUAGAACAAGAGCUGUAUUUGAAGUAUUUAGACAGUUACUUGUUAGCUGGUUUCUAGUUAAAUUGGUUACCCAUCUAGUUAAAAUUCUGCAUUAGUGCAGUCACUUAAACAUUAUUUAAAUGUAUUUAACUGUUUAAUGCGCUACCCACAAAUAAUGAAAUAGACAUUUAUGAAAACUGUACAAUUGUGUGCAUGUUUGUUUUUAUGUUCCUUUUAACAUUCGAUAUUGCCAUUGAAUGAAAAAUGGAUCACUGGAUGUUUUGAAAUGAGGUCAACAAUUUUGUUGAAUGACCUGAACUAGAAAUACAUUUGGUAUCCCAAGACAAAUUAUGAAUAAAACAAGUACACACACAUACUUGUGCCUCAUAUUUUAAGAGUGAAGAUAAGAGGGUAGUGCUCAGCUAAGUUUUAACUUCAAGUAAUCCAAGAAGUAGUGCUCUGUACCUUUGUGCAAUUAAGGACCCCCACCCAUGACAAUACUGAAUAUAUGUGAACAGCUGGAUUCCUCAAGCAAAUUGAAUGUGCUUUUCUGUCAGGUAAGGUUUGUCACGACACAAUGGUUUAUUCACCCUGUGAUCCACGAGCGAGAUGUACUGUGUUCCUAGAUGGCCUUCUGAUGCAAAAAGUGCAGAUCGGUGUACUUGGCACACUGAGACAUUUAAGAAAUCUUCCUUGAAAAACCUCACCACAAACACACCUUUUGCUUAUAUUUGUAUGAAGUGAGAUAUAUCUCUGCAAUUGAAUGUAACAGUGUAAUGGUAUAACAGCCUGCUUAUCCCAACUGCUGUGAGAGGUUUCUGCUUAAAAUGACUGAAAUAAAGACAAUUUUAAAUGGA